CAACUAAAUGGGAGUAACUAAGGAAAUGGAGGGCGUUCCAAAAUGAAAUACAAUGCCUAGAGAUCAGCGGACAUGUCAAUUUCGACUUUUUGUCCGGGUUCGAAUGCAGGAAGACCUAAAAUAUGGACAAGACGCGCAUCUGAAUGCAUCACCGAGGUAGCAACUACCACAGCUGGAUGUGGCACCUUUGGCCUGGGCUUCCUGGACAUUCGUGAAGGUCUUUGGAAGGUCUGCCGAAGUGUCUAUGUUAACCUGUGACUCCUGUGCAAGCUGCUCCCUCAAACCACAGCUGCAGUCAGCGCAUGCUCGUCUCUUCUUGGUCGUCGGACAACUUAGCGGGGUGGCUGGAGCAGCUUUAUCUUCCUCCGUGAGUAAACUGGCAGGGUCAAUCGGUGGCGCCGUCGAGAAAUUCCAAAGAUUCUUCUUCGCCGAUUUCGGUUUGCGGGUGAUAUUGACUGCAGCCGUUGGUGCAAAGGAAGGCUUUGAAGCAGUGAGAGUAUCUGAAGCGAGUUCACUGUUUGAGAAUCCCGUGAGAAUCAGUUGUGAUUGUAUAGAGGAUUUCUCAUUGUCUGUAAUGUUGUGAAUGUGCAGUCUCCCGUCACUAGACAGUGAUUUAAAAAGUGGGAGUAGCAAACUUUCCAAAUUGAUGACCUGGUAGUCCUCUGGGGUGAGCGAAAGGUGUACAGCUUUAUAUGCGUUAUCUUCUAAUAUGUAUCCACCCUCAAGUAUCCUAUCAUACAUGAGCUUAACAACGCUGCUAUCAUUUAAGGAAGUUAUUAAAUUCUGAUAGAUAUCCGUUCUUGCUGCGUUCAAACUGCCUACUAUCAGUGUCGACAUCGUGGUAGCUCUUCAACCGUGACAGUCAGCGUAUGAGCAGACCUGCAUUUUUAAAGCAGCGAAAAUUUACCGCCAAAGCGAAAUACAGCGAUACUAUUAGAGUAGCCACCUGGAAUACGCUCUCUCAGAGUUUAGUAAAGCGUGAUUUAUAUCCAGGAAGCAAUUGCCUUAAAUUAAAAGAUAGACUGCCGAGAUUGCUAGAGGAGUCAACAAAGUACUCCCCAGACGUUCUAUGUCUGCAAGAGGUCGACCAAUUAGACAAGCUCAAAAGCGCACUCGCACAGUACAACCAUGUAGACUGCUUUGGCAGGGAUGGAAACGACAACAUCAAGAAACAUGGUCUGGUUAUUUUCUAUAAAGAGAGCUUCCAAUUCGUCAAGAAGAAGACAGUGUCUUACGACAGCCACACUCUUUGGCCUCUCUCGAGAAAGACAAACAAUGUGGGUUUAGUGGUAGCUCUACGCACAAAUACAUCCAGAGGCUUCAUUGUCGCUACUUCACACUUAUUCUGGCACCCUGCAUUCGUUUACGAGCGGACACGCCAGACAUACAUUCUCUUAGAGCAAGCGGACCAACUGAGGAAGGAGCUUUCUGUCGAUUGGCCUAUCCUUCUCUGCGGCGAUCUCAACAGCGAACCGCAUGAGCUCGUUUACCAAGUACUAGUUGAUGGUUCGAUAGACGAGAAAGAACGUCAGAGGGUGGAAAUGUCCCGAGUUAGGCACUCUAGCGUCCUGGAUGGAUAUGCAGAUAAGCCACCAGAGCAAGGCGCGAACCUUCCUAUGACAAAUAGCAUUCCAAACGAGAAUUGCCCAACACCUGAACAACUCAUUGCAGCAUUCAAACAUCUCCCAAAGUUUGAAAGCGCGUACGACAACCUUAACGGUUCAGAAUUCUAUUCCGAGCGUGAUACCAGUCUGACAGGCAGGAGAGGCGCAAAUGAACCAAAAUUGACAAAUUACAUGCCAAAGUUUGGUAAUCUCACUUUAGAUUACAUCCUUUACGAAAGGAAGAGGGAUAUUCAAGUGGAGGCGACUCUAAACAUUCCUUCUUGUGACAGUCUUGCACCUGGACUACCGAAGUUGGACGUCACGGCGUCUGACCAUCUGAUCCUAGCUGCAGAUUUAAAAAUCUGAAAAUUUAUUCAAUUUUCCACCUGACUGAGUUUUAGCUUGUGCCUGAUUUUCUCGAAAGAGGAGGACCUUUUUGCGGAGAACGCAUUUCAGUUCAUUUCCAUCAAAAAAUUAAUAAAUAAAAUAAACAAUGCCAUGCUGUACGCUAUUCAUGUCGUCUACUAGCACGACAAAACUCGUAGGCAGUUGCUAUCAGUCUGGGAGUACACCGAAUGCGAGCGCGUUGUCGAAACUGAUAUACCACGUACAUGCGAAUAAGAAGAAAAGGGAAUCUGUCGGCUCACAUCUACUACGUCAAACACGUCAAUCAAGUCGCGUUUUUCAUGAUCCCCGGAAAAGAUGUCAGAUACUUACCACACUCAAUAUCAUUAAUCAGAUAACUUUACAAUCACCUCCAAAAGCUCCGCUUCUCCCC